GACCCGUACGACUACUUGCAGUAUCCGAAGGUGACGCUGGAUCGCGUUCAGCGCUAUGGCGGCCUUGCGAAUCCAGCACUUCCGUGGCCAUCCCUCGAUGAGGCUGUGGACGACAGCGCCGUCGGCAAGCUAACGCGCAUGACGCAAUCCAAGUUCGAGGAGCACAUCUUGCUCGCAUCCCUUCAUGAAAUGGACAGGCUCAUGGUGGACAUGGCCAUCAAACUGCAGGUUCGUCCUCCAGGAACCUCGGGUGGAACCAAGGACUACUCCGCGAUGCAUUCCGAGAAGCGCGAUGAAAGCAAGAUUGCUGAAUCUGUUGAUGAUCACGAGCAUGACGUCGGCACCGUAAAGGAAACCGAAGUCUCAGAGGAGUUGGCCGUGAACGAGAAAACCGUGCACCUCGGUGCGAAGCGGUCUUCGAGUUUGAUGUAG